CAGCUGCGCAGAGCCACUUGACAGAGAAUAAAUGCUGUAGUGUUGACAUAUUUCGUUUUAGCUCAAAAUUAUCACGCUUAUCGCCACUAUGCCGGGAAUGAUGGACAAAGGGUCGGAAUAUCUGGGCAAAGGUCGCUCAAAUGGAACGAAAAGCCCGUCUAACGCCUCGAAUGGACAUUUUUCGGACGAGAGCGGCAGCGACGACGAGCACGAUGUGGGCAUGCGGGUGGGGUCAGAUUAUCAAGCAAACAUUCCCGAGUUUGAUCCAGGCUCCACAAAAUACAGCGACAAAGACAAUGGUGGCAUGUUGGUUUGGUCUCCACAUCACGCAAUAGUUGACUCUAAAUUGGAUGAGUACAUUGCAAUUGCAAAAGAAAAGCAUGGGUACAAUGUUGAGCAGGCUCUUGGCAUGCUCUUCUGGCACAAACACAACAUUGAGAAGUCCCUCGCUGAUCUGCCAAACUUCACCCCCUUCCCUGAUGAGUGGACGGUGGAGGACAAGGUGUUGUUUGAGCAAGCGUUCAGUUUUCAUGGGAAGAGCUUUCAUCGGAUCCAGCAGAUGUUGCCGGACAAAUCCAUAUCCAGCCUUGUGAAGUAUUACUACUCAUGGAAAAAAACUCGAUCCCGGACAAGUCUAAUGGACCGACAAGCUCGAAAGCUGGCAAACCGGAAUAACCAAGAUGAAAGCGAGGAAGAGAUGGAAGACGCCAACCCUAUUGAGGCCAACGACAGUGAUUAUGACCCUACAAAAGAGGCGAAGAAGGAGACUCAUGCAGAACCUCAGACGCUGAGCUCCAAGAUCGGGCUGGGACGGAGAGACCACCAGACCCUGCAGCACCGUCACCACAGCCAGCGCUCCAAGUGCCGCCCACCCAAAGGCAUGUACCUCACACAGGAGGAUGUGGUGGCCGUCUCCUGCAGCUCCAGCGCAGCAAACUCUGUCCUGCGUCAGCUCGACAUGGAGCUGGUGUCUCUGAAACGGCAGGUUCAAAAUGCCAAGCAGUUAAACAGUGGACUCAAACAGAAGAUUGAAGAUGGAAUCGAUGAAUUCAGACUGCCUGAGUGCACUCAAAAGAUAAAUGCCCGCUGGACAACAGAUGAGCAGCUUUUGGCGGUACAAGGGGUAAGAAAAUACGGGAAGGACUUCCAGGCUAUCGCCGACGUGAUCGGGAAUAAAACGGUGGGGCAGGUGAAGAAUUUCUUUGUGAACUAUCGGCGGCGCUUUAACUUGGACGAGGUGCUUCAGGAAUGGGAGGCGGAGCAGGGAACUCACACUCCCAACGGAGAUGGCGCUAACUCUGGGGAGGAUGGAAAGAACAGCAACAUCUCCUCAGGAAAGAGCACAGAUGAAGAAGAGGAAGAGGGUCAGGUGACCCCGGCCUCGGGUCCGUCUCCUGUAGCCACGGCAGCGUCUCUAACGGCAGCCAGCAGCUCCACGUCUCUCAACCAGCCUCCACCUCUUCUGCGCCCGUCUCUUCCCGCCACCCCAGCGCUACACCGCCAACCGCCUCCUCUGCAGCAGCAAGCCCGCUUCCUUCAACCCCGUCCUGCCCUAAACCAGCCUCCGCCUCUCAUCCGGCCCUCCAACCCCAUGCCUCCACGCCUCAACCCCCGACCCUCGGCCCCGGCCCCCAGCACGGCUUCAGCUGCGCCGGGCCAGCAGCCGCCCACUCUGGUGGGCAUCCAGUCCGAGACGCCCUCCUCCUCUCUACACUGAUGUGUGUUGUUUUUUUUUUUUUUUUUAUAUUUGUGACAUUACUGAUGAAGGUAAUAAUUUAGUUAAGUUCUCGUUGUGAAUACUAGGGAAAAAAAGAUCGUUUUAAACUGUAUAUAUUAGUUACGUAACUUUUAUUUAUUUGAACUGAUGUUUUUUAUUUUAGAUUUUUGUAAUCGCGUUGUAACAUUGUACUUUUAAAGCGACAGCUCACCCAAAAAUGAAAAUCACCCCGUGAUUUGCUCACCCUCAAGCCAUCCUAGGUGUAUAUGACAGUCUUCGUCUUCGAGUACAAUCGGAGUACUGUUUAAUAGUAUCCUUCCAAGUUUUAUAAAGGAGACUUUGAAGACCAAUAAAGUGUUCAUCCAUCAUAAAAAGUGCUCCGGGGGAUAAUAAAGGCCUUAUGUAUGUGUGUGAACCAAGAACCAAGGAAAACCUUUAUCAAAAUCCUCUUAUUUCUUUACAGUUGCUCUUUUUGUGCUUCUGAAUUCGUUCAUCACUUCUCUGUGAUUUGUGCAUACGACAGUUAAGCUUACAAUUUCUAAACUUUUUUUUUUUUUUUUUUUUUAAACAUUUUUCUUACACUCAAUCCUCUUCAGACGGUCUUUAUUAACCAGCACUUUUUACGAUGGAUGGUCGUUUGCUUCAAAAUCAGUACAGCCUUUCACUGCCAUUAUAAAAUUUGGAAGAGGCGGGGCGUUAUUUUUAUUUUAUUUAUUUUUUUUUAAAUAUGGUUUGAGUAAACCACUGGGUAAUUUUAAUUUUUGAGUGAACCGUUGCUUUAAAUCUUUAAAAUAUUGUGUUCUAUCACAGCACUUUUUCUUGUUGUUCUUUAGUAUCUAUGAUGUAACGGCGAACCGCCUUUUUAAAAGGGUUUUGCUUGUCGUUCUGUUGUUCACCUGUCCGUGGUUGAUUACUAUGUUGUCGUUUUACGUGUUUCAUAUUUUAAUAUUUGGUGCUACAGACUGACAGAAAAUCACCUGUCCAAAUUCUCUUGCCAUCAAAGUGCUCUUAACAAGAAAAUAUAAUCUCAUACUUAAUUGCUAAUGAAAAUCAUAUAGAAUCCACACCUUCAGCCUCUUAUUAAGCGCUUUUUAACCUCAUCUGUUAAUUGGCGAUUAACCGGGUUUGCUUAUAAACCUGUUUGACUUGCAGAAAAGUGUAAAUGGUCCACACUUUCCCACCAGACGUUAAGCUGUUGAUCUGAGUUGUUUUAUUAGUGGUGUGUUGUUUUAAUCCGAGUAUGCAUGUAGCAUUACCCUUCUUUCACCCCCAUAAAAUGUGCAGGAUUGUGAACUGAUAUCAUCCAUACAUGCACAUCCUUUUCCAAUUAAGGUCUAUCAUCUAAUUUAACCUUUUAUUUAUUCUGAAAAGAUGUUUACGUAAUCCAAGGCUCUGAAUAUUACUGUACACACGUAACGAGCGCUAUCGGAAUAAAUUAAUGUACAUUCUUUCCCCUUUAUUCUCUUCUGGAAACAAUAGCGAUGCUCUCACAGUUUGUUUUAGUAGUUUCAUUGUUAUUAAUAUUAAACACAAACGUAAAUUUGUAUCAUGAGAUACUUUUUUUAAAAAUGGUAUUUCUUUUUUUGUAGAAUUAAAGUAGUUUUGCUCAAAGGUUUUAUUUUUGUUCUUUCAUAAAUAGUUUGAUUUCUCACAGAUAUGUAGUUCAGAAUAACCUUUACAGUGUCUUUACGGGACACACACACGGUCUCCUUCGGAAAUGUUCAUCUGGUUAUGGUAGUCCGCCAGACACCUAAUCAGAAUGUGACCAAUCUUUGAUCAAUGCUGGAAUAUUCUUGUGCAUGCGGACAGUCACUGUGUAAACACGUUUCACUUGUGUACAAAUCUAACCAUAAUUUAUCUAGAUUUCUUGGUACUUUUUUUCAAAAUUGAGAUUUUUAUAUGUGUGCUCCUUGCACUUACAAAAUAAUUAUUUCAGCAGAAAAAGUUUUUUUUUUUUUUUUUUUUUAAUGCAAAUUGCAAUUUUUAAGAACGGGUUGUAGGCAGCUCAGAGUGUCGUGGCAUUAUAUGUAAAAUAACGAAAAGUCUCUUCUCUAAAGUUGUGCCUAAAGCAUGUUCAUAUGUGAAGUGUCAUGUGCUCGUCAUAUGGAAACAUUAAAACACGUUUGAACACAC